AUGGCUUCGAAAAAUGCGAGUGGUGGAUAUCAGGGUACUGACCCUCAAGAUCCCGUGCCAGAUUUGAAGAUCGGAAAGGGCCCAGCAAGAUCCUAUGUUGUAACAGAACCCCCCAAGACAUUGAGUGAAUCGCGCACACCAACUAGUCCAAAGGAACAGAUAACCAUCGCAGCUCUUUUACUGAUCACAUCUGUGGUUAGACUCUACGGGCUUUCUCGUCCUGACUCCGUGGUCUUCGAUGAGGUCCAUUUCGGUGGCUUUGCGUCCAAAUACAUUAAGGGCAUCUUCUUCAUGGACGUGCAUCCUCCGCUUGCCAAGAUGCUUUUCGCUGCGGUGGGCUCAAUUGCCGGAUUCAGAGGUGACUUUGAAUUCAGCGCCAUCGCUGACAAGUUCCCCGAGUCCACGCCGUACUUCUUCAUGAGACUCUUCCCCGCUGUCCUGGGUGUUGCUACCGUACUACUGAUGUAUCUCACCCUUCGUUGCUCCGGUGUAAGAAUCCCAAUUGCCUUUGUUGCCUCGUUGUGUUUCGCAGUAGAGAACAGUUUCGUCACCAUUUCUAGGUACAUCCUACUAGACUCUCCUCUACUGUUCUUCAUUGCUUCCGCCACCUAUGCUUUUAAGAAAUACGAGCUUUACCCACAAGGGUCAUGGGCUUCUCAAAAGGCUUUGUUGGGCGCAGGAAUUUCUCUCGGGAUGGCCGUGUCGUCCAAAUGGGUAGGUCUCUUUACCAUCGCUUGGGUUGGACUGUUGUGUAUCUGGAGACUCUGGUUCAUGAUUGGUGAUUUGUCCAAACCUAUCACUAAAACUGUUACAGAAGCUGUCCGCAAAGGUGUGUUCUUGUUGGUAGUGCCUGCUAUCUUAUACAUGGUUUUCUUUUACAUCCAUUUUGAUACCUUGACCGUGCACUCGGAUGGCGCUGGGUUCUUUUCGUCCGCUUUCAGAACUACAUUGGAAGGAAACACUAUUCCAAGAGACAUAUUGGCAGACGUCGGUAUUGGCUCUGUAGUAUCUAUUCGCCACGUUGCCACGAUGGGCGGUUACUUGCAUUCUCACGACCACAUGUUGGAGAAGGGAUCUCAACAACAGCAGAUUACUUUGUAUCCUCAUCUGGAUGGAAACAACGAUUGGCUCAUUGAGCUGUAUGACAAACCCAACGCUGUGGUAGACUCAUUUGAGGGCCUGGCUGAUGGAACCAAGAUCAGAUUGAAGCAUGUGGUCACCCAACGUAGGCUGCAUUCUCACGAUCACAAAGCUCCUGUUUCCGAAAGUGCCGACUGGCAAAAGGAAGUUUCUGGUUAUGGUUUCGAGGGUUUCGAAGGUGAUGCCAACGACGACUGGAUUGUGGAAAUUGACCAAAAAGCUUCUGCUCCGGGCGAGGCCAGAACUCGUGUCAAGGCUUUGGAAACUAAAUUCAGACUCAAACAUCCCAUGAUGAACUGUCAUUUGUUCUCGCACGAGGUCAAGCUUCCAAAAUGGGGGUUCGAACAGCAAGAAGUAACCUGUGCCAGCCAGGGAAAAGAACACUUGACGCUGUGGUACGUUGAGGGAAACUUUCACCCUAAUUUGCCAGAAGACGCCGAGCGCAUUUCUUACAAGACACCCGGGUUCUUUGAAAAACUGAUAGAAUCUCAUCAAAAAAUGUGGCACAUCAAUAAGAAUUUGGUUGAACCUCAUAUCUACGAGUCCAAACCUCAUUCAUGGCCCUUUUUACUUCGCGGUAUCAACUAUUGGGGUCAGAACCACAGACAAGUUUAUCUCUUGGGAAACGCAAUUGUCUGGUGGUCUGUCACUGCUUUUACCGCACUAUUCGCUCUUACUGUAGUAUACGAGUUGAUCUCGUGGCAACUUGGCUACAAAAUAUUGCAAGACUCCAAGGUUGUUAACUUCCAUGUUCAGGUUAUCCACUACCUCCUAGGUUUUGCUUUGCAUUAUGCCCCUUCAUUUUUGAUGGGACGCCAAUUGUUCUUGCACCAUUACUUGGCCGCAUACUACUUUGGUAUUCUCGCUCUUGCUCAUGCUAUGGAUGUUGUCGUGACGUAUAACUUCAGGAGGAGAGAAAUUUACGGGUACGCGAUUGUGAGUGCGUUCCUUGGUAGCGUGUUAUACUUCUUCUUCACCUACCGUCCAUUGAUAUAUGGAACACCAUGGACCAAGGACUUGUGCAAAAAGUCUCAGUGGUUGACGGGCUGGGACUACCCUUGUCAGAACUUUUUGUCCACAUAUGAAGAGUAUAAGAAUCUUGAAAGCCAGCAGGCGCUAGAGGCCCUUCACGCAUCGAAGACGAUUGCCGCAGACGCUGUUUCCAAACCAACGGGUGCUCAAGAGGACCCUUCUACAAACCAAAACUCUCAGGCCGGUGGCGAAGAGGCCUUUGAUGUCGAUGCCAUCAUGGCUUCCCCAGGUCUUAAAAAAUUCGUUGAUCAAAACGGAAACGAAAUUCCUCACGAUGCCGUCAAAGAUCUUCUCCAAAACGGCGGGUCGGUUCUAAGUGUUGAACAUCAUUCCCAUACGGAUAUGCUAUAG